GGUGGUCAGUCAAAGGAUCUCGUUUUCAGAAGUAGUCUGUUCGACAGUGUAGUGGUUAGGAAUAAGCUGUUUAAAUAAUUGUAGGUUAGUUGAUGUAGGCUAUCUUAUGUAUUCGGGAUCACAAGGCUGCUAGAAUAAUGGCAACAGUUCAAAAAGAUGAUAGAUUGACAAACUCUCAGGGGUUUCUCUGUGUUGGUUUUGCUGGGAUUUUCAGCAAAACUGUAACUUCACCUUUGGAGGUGGUAAAAAUAGUAAGUCAAGUAGGGACAUUUCAUAGCAAAAGAGGCUUUAUUCACAGCUUUUUGCUAAUCUAUCAGAAUGAAGGUCUACGUGCGUUUUGGAAGGGUAAUAUGGUUUCCUGUCUUCGACUGUUUCCUUACAGUGCAAUUCAUCUGGCAACUUACAAAAAGAUUGUCCACCAGCAUAUGGAUGGUUUGGGCCAUAUAUCACAGUGGCAAGCCAUAGUGGCUGGAGGCCUAGCAGGAAUAACUGCUGCACUCACCACAUACCCACUGGAAGUGGUAGAAACACGCCUCAUUGCCCAGAACUGCAGGCAGUCCACUUACAGGGGUGUGCUGCGCACCAUGUCUAACAUUUACCACAGAGAGGGGCUCUUGGCUCUCUAUAGGGGCUUCUCGCUCACUGUGAUUGGUGCCGUUCCAUUCUCUAUUGGCUGCUAUGCAGUCUACAUGAACCUGGAUAAGUUGUGGCAGGAACCACACUUUCGCUUCUCUUCUCUGCAAAACUUCAUCAAUGGUUGCUUAGCAGCAGGAGUAGCCCAGACUCUGUCGUUCCCCUUUGAGACGGUGAAACGAAAAAUGCAGGCUCAGAGUUCUCACCUGCCACAUUAUGGUGGGGUUGAUGUCCACUUCAAUGGGAUGUUGGAUUGUUUCAGGCAGGUCAUCAAAACCAAGGGCAUUCUAACCUUGUGGAGUGGUCUUACAGCCAACAUGGUGAAGAUUGUUCCCUAUUUUGGCCUACUCUUUACCUGCUUUGAGAUGUGCAAACAGGUUUGCCUGUAUCGCAAUGGUUACAUUGUGUCCCCCCUGAGUUACAAGCUAAAACCUGGGGUGGACCAGAGUUUGGGCCCUUACGAAUUGCAGGAGGUCAAACGUUACCUCAGAAACAGAAAGUUUCAGCCACAGAACUCUUCAAUGGGAAACCGUUGGUGAGGUGAAGUCUGAAACUUUAAGGACAAGUUUGCUGCUCAGUCAUUAUCCAUAGACUGUCCUGAUUUUUAAAAUGCAGAAUAUUCUUGAAUUCUGAUGUUUUUUAAUGACAUCGUUGUUCUUGGGUUGGUUUUACUGCCUAGCACUGCGAAUGUUUUUGGUGUAUCACCAGCAAUAUGUCUAGAUACCACAGAUCUUGUAAUUUCUAUGUUGUAUGUACUAUUUUCAAGAUGAAAUGUUGGCAGUCAAAGAUUUGCACAGGCCGAAAUAAUGUAUUAAUACCUCGAAAUGCUUUUAAUGUAUGUGUGAAAAUGUACACAUAAUGUUAAUGUACACAUGAAAAUGUUAUCAGAUUAGUCCAGCUACAACAGUGGCCAUGUGGCUGGGGAAAAAAGAAUACAGUUUUUAAAGGACAUUUUAGAGGACACCAUUCAGGAAAUGUGAAUGACUAUUUUGGAUUGAUCCAUUAUGGGUUGGGUCAGUGCUUCUCUUUUAAAUAUUCUAAAUGUGUUUCGCCUCCAUUACUGAAGGUGCCUUGCCACUUAUGUAUUACUUAUUUUCUUAUCACAUCAUGGUAUUUUCAUUACCAAUAUAUUGUAGAUCGAUUUGAGUACAGACUACUCAGAUGUUGCUAUCAGCACAGUGUAUUAGAUCUAGCUCUGGUAUGACGUAAAUCUGUGUAUCCACACCAGAUCAGGGUAGGUCCAUUACACUGCUGUUAGCUGAGUAAAAGUUAGAUCCUACCACAAAACAAACCAAUAUACAGAAAUGACAUUGUGCCUUCAUGUUGCACUCCAUUAUGAGACUGAUGGCAUUUACUGUAUGUGGCUAUUUAAUAAUUUAAAAUGUGUGCAAUGCAAGACCUUUUUUAAUAGGCUGAAUCAUUGAUCAUAAUGCCUCACAUAAUAGUUAUCACCCACUCUAACUUAUUUGUAAAAAUGUGUCUAGAUAAUUUCAUCUGCAUUCAUUGUAGCAGUAUUACUGACUGUGAAUAUAUAAUGAAGAGAUUAAAAUGGGUUUUAAAGUUA